UGGAUCUUGAAUUCAGUGUAUUUUUUUUAUUUUUAUCAGUGCAAAUGUUUAGAAACUGUGCUAAUAUAUAUUAAGAUUUAAUUUACCAGAAUCACCAAGAACAACCACUUUUACUUUCUCAAUUGCAGCCAUUCAUAGGAUUUUAACUCGGAAUUAUGACGGAAGAACGACUCGUAACUGAAGUGCCCAGCAGUCUGAAGCAGUUGGCUCGACUCGUUGUUCGAGGGUUUUAUACGAUAGAAGAUGCUCUCAUAGUCGACAUGCUCGUCAGAAAUCCUUGCAUGAAAGAAGAUGACAUUUGUGAACUUUUAAAAUUUGAAAGGAAAAUGUUACGUGCCAGGAUAGCCACGUUAAAAAAUGACAAAUUUAUUCAAGUGAGAUUAAAAAUGGAAACCGGGCCCGAUGGAAAAGCACAGAAAGUGAACUAUUAUUUUAUAAAUUACAAAACAUUCGUAAACGUAGUUAAAUACAAAUUAGAUCUUAUGCGCAAACGUAUGGAGACUGAGGAACGCGACGCUACCAGCCGCGCUAGUUUCAAAUGUCCAUCCUGCGGGAAGACAUUCACUGAUCUCGAGGCCGACCAAUUAUACGAUAUGAUGACACAAGAGUUCCGUUGUACAUUUUGCAACCAAGUGGUAGAAGAGGAUCAGUCAGCUCUACCGAAGAAAGACUCCAGAUUGCUAUUGGCCAAAUUCAACGAACAGUUAGAAACGUUAUACAUUCUACUGCGAGAGGUCGAAGGCAUCAAACUGGCUCCGGAGAUUUUGGAACCAGAGCCAGUCGACAUCAACACUAUCAGAGGAUUGAACUCAAAACAACUUGGGCAGCGUCCUCCAGGGCAGGAAUGGUCGGGCGAGGCGACACGCAACCAAGGCAUGCUGGUUGAAGAGACUCGUGUCGACGUCACCAUCGGAGAGGCGGACAACGCUAACGACACGAGCGCGCUACGCAAGGAACGACCUGUCUGGAUGGUGGAGAGUACCAUCGUUACUAAUGACCAAAGUGAUAGCGUCCAUUCGACUGAUGCUGCACUUGAGAAAGCAGCCAGCAAUGCAAGUAACGCGAAGAAUGCUGGGAAAGAGAAGAACGACGAUAUUAUGUCUGUCCUGCUCGCUCAUGAAAAGCAAAAUACAGGAAACAAUGCAGCAACGAACGCUCUGAAGGGAAUAGAACCGGAUAGCUCUGAUUCUAGUGACAACGAAUCUAAAGAUCCGUACAAACUCAAAGACGAACUGGCUGCAGUUGCGGAAAUGGAAAGUGAAGAUUCUGAUACAGACGACAACGCGCCCACUGUGCUAGUGAACGGGAAGACGGUGCCACUAACGAGCGUCGACGAUGACGUCAUAGCACAGAUGACGCCCACCGAAAAAGAAACCUACAUACAAGUAUAUCAAGAAUAUUAUAGCCACAUGUACGAUUAGAUAAGCGUUAAUUGAAAACAAAUCAACUAAUCAGACGUAAAUAAAUGUCUUGUUUAUACCUAAUUCCACUUUCAAUAAGUUCCUUCAUUAGACUAGUACAAGAAUGUGUUGUGUUACGAAUUCCGAUCAGUGAUAUUAUGUCAAUAUGUGUUGUUUGUUGCUUUAAGUCUAGUUAUCUAAGGCAAAUGCAGAAUACAUUUACAAUCCACUGUUUAUAUUAAUUCAAUGAGAAUUAAACUAAGAAUCAAAAUGUCAAUUCAUUUUUAUUUUUAUUUUCAAAGAAUAAAUUACUAACAAAAUAAAACAUGUUUUAACAUAACUGUACAAAUAUAGUAUACAUACUUUACAAAAAUAUAAUAAUUUAACACAAUUUUAAAACAUCACGAAGCAUGGAAACAAUUGCGCAUAACAUGAGAAUGUUAUAAUACUGAUGUUUUUGUAUAAGUAAGUACCUUAGGUAGUAUAUUUAGUUACUAGGUAAAACUUUAUCUAGGUAUAGGCACUUAUUUAGGCGAUUGCCUUGGCAACAUCUCACUUGUAAACAAUACAUCUAAGAUGAACAUAAGUAUAAUUUCUAGCAAAUUCAACAUUAAAAUUAAUUAAGAUGCUUGCCCCAUUUAUCCCAAUAUUCCUCUGUUUGCAUUUCCAUUAUUCUCGAUAGACUGCGGUCGCAUGCGAACAUUUCUUCUUCUCCCGUGAAUAUCGCCGCGUUAGCAUCGGCCUGUUACAAUAAAAAACAAAAUCUUUAAUAAAUAACUCUUCAUAUAAUUAAUUUGGUACAUUCAAUGUUCUAUGUCGUUAUAUUGGCAACAAUACAAAGAUGAAGAACAUUCUUAUACACUUACUGAAUCUUUUGUUAUGCUCAAAUCAUCCAUUAGCGCUCUAUCGGCAUCUGCGAACUCAGUUUUUUCAUCUGCUUUAAAUAAAUCUUUGGGUUCACAAUCAGCUGCAAUGACCACCUGAAAUAAAAUAAAAGAAUAAUGUAUGACUUCAUCACAUUAAAUUAUUGCCAGUUAGAAUUACUUUAUUGUUACCUUGUUUACUCACCCUAACUCUGUUGUCGUACAGUGUGUCAAUUAGCGUAAUAAACCUCCUUAGUUGCGAUCUAAGUGUUGUUACUGAUAAUUGAGGCAAGUUUCUAAUGAACACAGUGUGGAACGUCUUAGAUAUCACAAGAUAAUCACUGGCUCCUAGAGGCUGGAAGAGAUAUAAUUUUGAUAUAAUAAUUUUAAUUGUGUAUAAUUUAUGUAUUUUUUUUUUAUAUUAUCAUAUUAACUUACUCUGUCACAUAGCUCUUCAAAAGUCGAGUCCAAUAUUCGUCCACAAGAUUUAGCAAACUUGACAUUUCUGCCCAUAAUGUUAAUGACACGAGGUCUGACUGUAUCAUUCUCCUUGGAUAUUAAAAAUUUGAACAAAUUGUCUACUGCAUUGUUCUCAGGAGUGAGCUCACUGUUU